CUUCUGUAAGUGAAUCAGAGUCUGUAUCACUUUCCCUUUCACUUCAGCUGCUCAACUGGUUCAAGGUCCAGCCCUGCAUGGGCUGGGCUUCCCCAGCCUGGGGCUCCCCUAGUGGCAGGUGUGUUUUCACUUUUCCUACAUCAGCUGGGAUUGCCCCUCUGUCCAGGCUAAAAGCUGCACCAUGGAGCUCUGCAGAAUUACAUCUCAGCAGAGCUGCAAGUUCAGAGAUACAGACAGAGCAGCAGGCUGAGACCCAGAAGAGGAGACUGAGACCAGAGACACCAAACAAGGCUGUGUGAGACCCAGGUGACAGCCUCUGAGUGGACACUUGGAUCCCCAUCUGCUGACAGAGACCAGAGACCAGAGGCCAGGAUGAAGCCGGACUUGGCUGUGGGUUGCACGCUGGUGCUGGUGCUGAUGAUGAUGGCCUCGGUGCUGACCAGGACAGGAGCAGCUCCUGCCCCUACGCCCCCCAGGACCCACCUGGGUGCAAGGGGCUGCCACAUGGGCCAGUUCAAGUCUCUGUCGCCACAAGAGAUGAAGGCCUUCAAGAGGGUCAAGGACGCCCUGGAAGAGUCGCUCCUGCUUAAGAACUGGAGCUGCAGCUCCCGCCCACUCCCCAGGACCCCGGACCUGAGGCAGCUGCAGGUGUGGGAGCGCCCUGUGGCCUUGGAGGCUGAGCUGGCCCUGACACUGAAGGUCCUGGGGACCUUGAAGAACUCGACCCUGGGUGACAUCCUGGACCAGCCCCUUCACACGCUGCACCACAUCCACUCCAAGCUUCAGGCCUGUGUCCCAGCUCAGGCCCCAGCAGGCCCCAGGCCCCGGGGCCCCCUCCGCCAAUGGCUGCAUCGCCUCCGGGAGGCCGGGAAGAAGGAAUCCCAGGGCUGCCUUGAAGCCUUUGUCACAUUGAACCUCUUCCGCCUCCUCACCCGUGACCUGAGAUGUGUGGCUGCUGGAGACCUGUGUGCCUGACCCUGAGACCCACCGGCAACCUGUCCCAGCAUCUUGGAUUUUAUUUAUGCAUGUCCCCCCUUUUUGUAAUUUAUUGACACCCAACCACUAUUUAUAUAUUUAUGUGUGUGAAUUGUCUAGC